CUGCAAUUAAAGAAAGACACGUGUUAAUCAUGAUUUAUCACGUGCCUCCAAAACUCGUGGGUUUUCACUUUUUACUGAGUGUCGGUAGUUAUUAUUUUCUUCUUCUUUAAGUAGUAAAUGACAAUUAUCACCCUAAUAAAUUACCCUCAAACAAAAAUAAAAUAAAAUAAAACAAAAUAAAUAAAUAAACAUUAUUUCAGUUGACUGUUAGCUGAAGCACACAAUCCACACACAGUAGCGUGUGCAGAAAGAAGAAGAAGAAGAACAGAGAGAGAGAGAGAGAGAGAGAGAGAGAGAGAGAGAGAGAGAGAGAGAGAGAGAGAUGUCAUAUUUGAAACAUUUGCUGAUAAUUUCCGCGGCAAUUUCGUUAGCUGCGUUGUUUCUCUUUCCGACAACCGCCAAUUCCAUUCCGUUUGUCGUAUUUCAUGGAAUAUCGGACAGUUGUCGCAACAGAGGAGUGACGCAUUUCAUCACUGUUCUAAGUAAUUGGUCUGGUUCGGAGGGAUAUUGCAUCGAAAUUGGAAAUGGUGUAUGGGAUUCUUGGACAAUGCCGUUUAUGCAGCAGACAGCGAUUGCUUGUGAGAAGGUGAAGCAAAUGAGUGAACUCAGUGACGGUUACAACAUUAUCGGGCUCUCACAGGGUAAUUUGGUUGGCCGAGGAGUCGUUGAACUCUGCGACGGAGGACCCCCUGUUAGAAAUCUUAUAUCACUGGCUGGUCCACAUGCUGGAAUAGCAGCUGUUCCGUUAUGCGGAUCGGGUUUGGUUUGCAUUCUAGUCGACUUUCUGAUCGAGUUGGCAAUUUACGGCAACUAUGUUCAGGAACAUUUAGCACCUGCUUCUUACAUCAAAAUUCCAACAGACUUAGACCAAUACAAAAAAGGCUGCAAGUUCCUCCCAAAAAUUAACAACGAAAUCCAUAAGAAUUCGACUUACAAGAAACGGUUUUCUAGCUUGGACAACUUAGUACUUAUUAUGUUUGAAAAUGAUGUGAUUCUCGUGCCGAAGGAAACUUCUUGGUUCGGGUAUUUUCCAGAUGGUUCGUGGGAAACGAUUUUGCCUGCUAACGAGACAACCUUAUACACCGAAGAUUGGAUAGGUCUGAAAGCAUUAGAUGAAGCUGGAAAAGUAAAGUACGUAAACGUAUCGGGCGGUCAUCUUGAUAUUUCGUACGACGAAAUGGAAAAAUACGUACUCCCGUAUUUGGUGGAGAAUACGACCGCUCUACGGUUAUCAGAUUUUGAGCAUGAAGGGAAAACCCUCAUCAAGCUGUACGAUUCCCAUUAAAGAGAAUAACUCUUAAUUUUUUUUUUUCGUUUAAUACACGAGUAAAGAUUAAGAAACACACGAUAAAUAAAGAUUUUGUGUACCACUUUACGUUGAAUUAUUUUUGUCGGUUUUCGUGGCUCCAACCUUGUAGAAUGGUUAGUGAGUUAGAAAAAAGUUCUUGUGAUAUAAAUUAUAAUCCCCAUUUGGGUUUGGAUUUUUGGAUGGUUAUUUUCAUGUGA